ACUCAACAUUCAAUUUUCUCUAAACAUUCAAAUAAUAAUCUUAUUUUAUUUAUAUGCAAUAAUAUUGUGUAAAAAUGCAUAGAAUUUGUAUGGUUUCUGAUUUUUUCUUUCCGAAUAUGGGCGGUGUAGAAGAGCACAUUUACAACCUUUCUCAGUGCUUAUUACUCAGAGGGCACAAAGUAUGUAUAAUAACUCACAGCUACGAAGACAGAAUAGGUGUCAGGUACAUGACCGGUGGAUUGAAAGUGUAUUACUUGCCAAUUAAAGUAUUCUACAAUCAAUCCAUUUUACCUACAAUGGUAAGCAAUAUUCCAUUAAUAAGAUACAUAUUAUUAAGGGAGAGGAUCGAUAUUAUUCAUGGUCAUUCUGCAUUUUCGUCUUUAGCACAUGAAACUGUAUUAAUCGGAAAUCUCCUUGGCAAGAAAACUGUCUUUACAGAUCAUAGUUUGUUUGGAUUCGCAGACGCAAGUGCCGUUAUAACGAAUAAAUUCAUACAAAUUUCCUUAGCCGAUUGCAAUCAUUGCAUAUGCGUAUCUCACACCGGUAAGGAAAACACUGUUUUACGAGCCAGAGUCGAGUCUUCGAAGGUGUCAGUUAUUCCAAAUGCUGUUGAUACGUAUUCAUUUACACCUGAUCCUUACCAAAGAUCGAAAAACAAAAUUACAAUAGUGGUAGUGUCAAGGCUAGUGUAUAGAAAAGGGGUCGAUUUAACAGCCCAAAUCAUCGGAGAAUUAUGCGAUAAGUACAAAGAAAUUGAUUUUUUAAUUGCCGGGGAUGGCCCUAAACGAUGGUUGCUUGAGGAAAUUCGCGAGAGAAAAGGCCUUCAAGACAGAGUAACUCUUUUGGGUAGUCUCGAGCAUUCCCAAGUAAGAAACGUUUUAGUAAAAGGGGACAUUUUCUUAAAUACUUCCUUAACAGAAGCCUAUUGUAUGGCUAUUGUAGAGGCUGCAUCUUGUGGGUUGAAAGUUGUUUCUACGAAAGUGGGAGGUAUUCCAGAAGUUUUGCCAGAAAGUUUGAUCUACUUAACAGAACCUAAUGUGCCUUCUUUAAUGGAAGGAUUGGAAAGGGCCAUAAGUGAUUUGAAAACCGGCAAAAUAAUUUGUCCUUUCACAUGCAACAUGAUGGUAAGAAAGUUUUAUAACUGGGAGAAUAUAUCGUCGAGGACUGAAAUAGUUUACCAAAAGGUUAUUAACGAGAAUGAGAAAAGUUUAGGGGAACAUCUUCAUAGUUAUUUGAAUACUGGUGUAUGGCCUUUCGUACUAGUCGUAUCAUUGGUAUUUAUUAUACUGAAAUUGUAUGAUUAUCUGGUUCCUCGGAAAUAUAUUGAUAUUUCGCCAGAUUAUAAUAGAAAAUUUAAUAAAAAAUGUUUAUGAAAGAA